UGUUGACACAAUUUUCACUGUUCAAAAUCAUGUUUAUGUAUUAUACAAUUAUUUUUAAAUAAAAUUGAGCCAACAGGUUGACUGGUCAAUGAGCUUGAUUUAAAUAUUCGCAGAGAAUAAUGUAAAAGAUGAAGCACAUUACAAAAGUUCGUAUGCUGUACAAAAGUAUUCUCAGAUUACAUCGAGGUCUCCCUCAAGAAUUACAAGCACUAGGCGACAAUUAUGCAAAAGAUGAAUUCAAAAGGCAUAAAAAAUGUACACCAAACGAAGCAGAAAAAUUCAUGACAGAAUGGACGAAAUAUGCUGUUGAUUUAUCAAAACAACUGAGACUGGGUUCUCAAUAUAAUCAAGAUGGAGCGAUUGGACGAUCACUAGAUAAACAUAUUUUAGAUUUAAUGAAGGAAGAACAAUUAGUGCAAUUAUAUGAAUUAAAACUUGCCGCAGAAGGAAAACAAGAAGAAGGAAAAACUUGAUGAUGGAUAAAAGAAAAUAGUAAAAUUUAAUUGUAACUUGUAAAAUGUAAAUAUAUUUAUUGAG